AUGAGGGCCAUCGAUAAUCUCCAAGUCUUGUCAUGCGUUUUCCUUGCGCUUGCCUGUCUCUGUCGAGCAAGCGUCUCUCAACAGAGUGACAUUCCUGUGUCUGCCCCCAAACUACCGGACAUCGACGCGAUCUCUUUUCUCACUUCACGGAAGCAAGACCAAAACAGCAUAUUCAAUGAAGCCGUCAAAAUCCUGGACUCCAUGGGCUCUGCGCCUUCAUGCAACCGAAUUGCAGCAACAAGGCUAGUGAGCUCAUGUCAGACAUUCAAUGAAGGGAACGAUGGCUCUCAAACGGACAGCCCAGAGACCCUCGAUUAUCUCCGAUCGGUCUACGCAGCACGUCUGGCACUAUGUGAAAUUGAAGGCGCAGGCAACUCAAUUCCUCCAUCUUGCCUUCCUGUUACUGUAUCGCCGCGUCCACAGAAGAAUCGAUACGGCUUUAUGACUUGGCACAGAGGCUCUGACACUGCAUCAGGUGAAGUCCCACGGGAAUUGCUGGAGCACUGUCUCCGGACACUCGAGUCACGACCUCAGUGGUGGACUUCGUACAGCAACAGCCGACAAAAUGCUCUUGUAAUCUGUCAUGCAUCACGAAUGGAAGCCGAGAAGGAGGAGCUCAUCGGCCUACAUCGAUCCAUAUCGAAGAGCAGUUUCAAACUUAACGAAGCACUCCAGCAGGCUUUACAAGACGCAGUGGCUCAAUCUGAGCAGCAACAAUUAUUUAUGCAAGCUGUUCAGUCGCUCCAGGAGAGGAUCGUCACGGAUGUGGGAGGGACAGAAUCUGUGUUCAAACGGACGUUCGGUCGAUUUCUCCGAGAAGUUGAAGCUGGAAUGGGGUCUCUUCAGGAUUCGAUAUCCAUGGCUUUGUUAAAUAUGCGGACUCGAACAGGCGAGCUGGAUAAUGACAUUCGGAACGUGUCAACCCAUGUGGAGGCACUUCAAGAAGCUCUUCAGAGUACACACCAUGAUACAUUGGCUAGGAGCCAGGAGGCGUUCUUGGUGCAGAAGAACAAUGCUGUCGCCCAGCAUAAUCUCGCUUCGUCUCUGCAUCUGUCGCUCGAGUCACUUGUUGACUCCGAUAUGGACAGGAUGUAUAGGGGAAUACAGAGAUUUGACGCGGCUAUGGAAUGGUUGACCAGCCGAAUGAACAUGAUUCUGGAGCAAGAAACCAGAAUGACAGAGCGACUUCAAAACAUGGAAACCUUCAUGCAGCAAUCCGAGUCUAGAGCGACCGAGUUACAAAAGGCCCAAGACCAACAAACGGAGGCGCUUUCUGCACAAUCGCGAGCCCAAGAGGCCCUGCAGUUCCACGCGCAAGUAUCCCAAGCUUUGCUGGGCAAGACCAGCAUCGCUGCUGCCAAUCUGCAAUCCCUCAUCGACGAUACAGCCUUCAAAUUCAAGAAUGGCCGCGGAUUUCCUCUUGGGGGAUUCUCCGCAUGGUCUCUUUGCGCCAUACUUCUUAUAGUGAUCGCAGCCCAGAAUCUCAAGGUUGCGAUCGCCUUAAUUUUCCUCAUUUUAGGGCAUUCCGUUGCUCUGACUAUCUUCAAUCUCUUUAUUUAA